ACAAGGCUGAAAUGUCAGAGCUGACAGACCUCAUUCACUGCAGAGACACAGACCGGAGCUCAAACCAACACAGUGAACUCAUUGGUCAUUGGUCAUUGUCACUGAGGAAUGAAAUGGCGCAGAGAGAAUUUCAACUGGAGCAGGAAACGUUCUGCUGUCCGAUCUGUCUGGAUCCACUGAAGGAUCCGGUGACUACUGGCUGUGGACACAGCUACUGUAAGAGAUGUAUAAACAACCACUGGGACAAUGGGGAGGAGAGCGGAAGCUACAGCUGUCCUCAGUGUAGAGAGACCUUCACACCGAGGCCUGUCCUGGUGAAGAACACCAUGUUAGCUGCUUUAGUGGAGGAGCUGAAGAAGACUGGACUCCAAGCUGCUCCUGCUGAUCACUGCUAUGCUGGACCUGAAGAUGUGGCCUGUGAUGUCUGCACUGGGAGAAAACUGAAAGCUCUCAAGUCCUGUUUGGAUUGUUUGGCCUCUUAUUGUGAAAAACACCUCCAGCCUCAUCUUCAGUCAGCUCCAUUGAAGAAGCACAAGCUGGUGGAGCCCUCGGAGAAGCUCCAGGAGAACAUCUGCUCUCGUCACGACGAGGUGAUGAAGAUGUUCUGCCGCACUGAUCAGCAGUGUAUCUGUUAUCUCUGCUCUGUGGAGGAACAUAAAGACCACGACACAGUGUCAGCUGCAGCAGAAAGGACUGAGAGGCAGAGAGAGCUCGGGCUGAGGAGACAAACAAUCCAGCAGAGAGUCCAGGACACAGAGAAAGACGUGAAGCUGCUUCAACAGGAGGAGGAGGCCCUCAAUGGCUCUGCUGAUAAAGCAGUGGAGGACAGUGAGGAGAUCUUCACUCAGCUGAUCCGUCUGCUGGAGAAAAGAAGCUCUGAUGUGAAGCAGCAGAUCAGAUCCCAGCAGGAAACUGAAGUGAGUCGAGUCAGAGAGCUUCAGGAGAGACUGGAGCAGGAGAUCACUGAGCUGAAGAGGAAAGACCAUGAACUGAAGCAGCUCUCAGACACAGAGGACCACAACCAGUUUCUACACAACUACCCCUCACUGUCACCACUCAGUGGAUCUACACACUCAUCCAGCAUCAGGAUCCGUCCUCUGAGGAACUUUGAGGACGUGACAGCAGCUGUGUCCCAGGUCAGAGGUCGACUACAGGACAUUCUGAGUGAGACAGAGACACAGAUUUUACAGAUUGUGUCUCAAGUGGAUGUUUUACUGCCACAACCAGAGCCAGAGACCAGAGCUGACUUCUUAAGAUAUUCACAGGAAAUCACACUGGAUCCAAACACAGCAAACAAACGUCUGUUAUUAUCUGAGGGAAACAGAAAAGUAAAUUAUACAAGUAAAGAUCAGUCUUAUUCUGAUCACCCAGACAGAUUCACUGGUAGGUGUCAGGUCCUGAGUAGAGAGAGUCUGACUGGACGUUGUUACUGGGAGGUGGAGAUGAAGGUGGGAGGAGGAUUAGUUGAAGUAGCAGUCGCAUACAAGAAUAUCAGCAGAGCAGGACACUCACAUGAAUGUAGAUUUGGAUUAAAUGAUAAAUCUUGGUCAUUAUAUUGUGGUGGAAACGGUUAUCACUUUUAUUACAACAGCAUCCAGACUCCAGUGUCAGGUCCUGUGUCCUCCAGAGUAGGAGUGUACCUGGAUCACAGUGCAGGUGUUCUGUCCUUCUACAGAGCCUCUGACACCAUGACUCUCCUCCACAGAGUCCAGACCACAUUCACUCAGCCUCUCUAUGCUGGAGUUAGUGUUUAUACUGGAUCCACAGCUGAGUUCUGUAAACUCAACAAGUGCAAUCUGAAAACUGAUGCACCACCACAAGAGGGCGCCUUUGUUUUGGAAACUGAGAUCCAGGACGGUGAGAUGGCUCAGAGAGAAUUUCAGCUGGAGCAGGAAACGUUCUGCUGUUCGAUCUGUCUGGAUCUACUGAAGGAUCCGGUGACUACUGGCUGUGGACACAGCUACUGUAAGAGCUGUAUUAACAACCACUGGGACAAAGGGGAGGAGAGAGGAAGCUACAGCUGUCCUCAGUGUAGAGAGACCUUCACACCGAGGCCUGUCCUGGUGAAAAACACCAUGUUAGCUGCUUUAGUGGAGGAGCUGAAGAAGACUGGACUCCAAGCUGCUCCUGCUGAUCACUGCUAUGCUGGACCUGAAGAUGUGGCCUGUGAUGUCUGCACUGGGAGAAAACUGAAAGCUCUCAAGUCCUGUUUGGUUUGUUUGGUCUCUUAUUGUGAAAAACACCUCCAGCCUCAUCUUCAGUCAGCUCCAUUGAAGAAGCACAAGCUGGUGGAGCCCUCGGAGAAGCUCCAGGAGAACAUCUGCUCUCGUCACGACGAGGUGAUGAAGAUGUUCUGCCGCACUGAUCAGCAGUGUAUCUGUUAUCUCUGCUCUGUGGAGGAACAUAAAGACCACGACACAGUGUCAGCUGCAGCAGAAAGGACUGAGAGGCAGAGAGAGCUCGGGCUGAGGAGACAAACAAUCCAGCAGAGAGUCCAGGACACAGAGAAAGACCUGAAGCUGCUUCAACAGGAGGAGGAGGCCCUCAAUGGCUCUGCUGAUAAAGCAGUGGAGGACAGUGAGGAGAUCUUCACUGAGAUGAUCCGUCUGCUGGAGAAAAGAAGCUCUGAUGUGAAGCAGCAGAUCAGAUCCCAGCAGGAAACUGAAGUGAGUCGAGUCAGAGAGCUUCAGGAGAGACUGGAGCAGGAGAUCACUGAGCUGAAGAGGAAAGACCAUGAACUGAAGCAGCUCUCAGACACAGAGGAUCACAACCAGUUUCUACACAACUACCCCUCACUGUCACCACUCAGUGGAUCUACACACUCAUCCAGCAUCAGGAUUCGUCCUCUGAGGGACUUUGAGGACGUGACAGCAGCUGUGUCCCAGGUCAGAGGUCUACUACAGGACAUUCUGAGUGAGACAGAGACAGAGAUUUUACAGAUUGUGUCUCAAGUGGAUGUUUUACUGCUACAACCAGAACCAGAGACCAGAGCUGACUUCUUAAGCUAUUCACAGGAAAUCACACUGGAUCCAAACACAGCAAACAAAUAUCUGUUAUUAUCUGAGGGAAACAGAAAAGUAACAUGUAAGAGAAAAAAAAAGUCUUAUUCUAAUCACCCAGACAGAUUUACUUAUUGGCCUCAGGUCCUGAGUAGAGAGAGUCUGACUGGACGUUGUUACUGGGAGGUGGAGGUGGAGCGUGGGGUGUAUGGAGGAGUUGGUAUAGCAGUCACAUACAAGAACAUCAGCAGAGCAGGAGACUCACCUGAAUGUGAAUUUGGAUUCAAUGAUAAAUCUUGGUCAUUAUACUGUUAUAGAAACAGUUAUAACUUUCAUUACAACAACAUCAACACUCCAGUGUCAGGUCCUGUGUCCUCCAGAGUAGGAGUGUACCUGGAUCACAGUGCAGGUGUUCUGUCCUUCUACAGAGUCUCUGACACCAUGACUCUCCUCCACAGAGUCCUGACCACAUUCACUCAGCUUCUCUAUGCUGGAGUUUGGGUUUAUUAUGAUGGAUCCACAGCUGAGUUCUGUAAACUCAAAUAGACUUGAGUCAUUAAAAGCAGUGAUUCAGAUUUUGUGUGUAAAUCUUUAACUUCUUUUGUCUCCAUGUUUGUUGAUCAAAGUUCUUCGUGGUGACGUUUCUGCUCCGCACAGAGAUCAGCUGUCAAUCAUUCCAGACGGGCGGCACUAUGACGUCCUCUCAUUGGUCGUUGUGUUGAUGUUUCAGUUUGUUGAGCUGGAUCCAUGUUGCAUCUCACUGCUCGUUGCUUUAAGCUGCAGAAGCUUGGGUGAAGCUUUCACAUUUCUCCUUGCAGAACAAGUGCAAUCUGAAAACUGAUGCACCACCACAAGAGGGCGCCUUUGUUUUGUGGACCACACCCUGGGGUAUGUGUUGUGCACACAACUUUCAUGUUUCAGGCUGGACUCUGUCACAGCCUGGCCUUAUGAAACAUUCUAACAUGUCUCUUUACCUUCAGCCGCGCUGCAGAGGUUAUCCAAAUGAAGCUCUUCUUGGGUUUUUCAGAAUGAUGUGAAAAACCCAAAAGGUGAAAUAUGUAACUGCACUUUUAAAAAAGAAAAUCCCCGACAUGAGCAUUUGUUUUCAUUGUUUGCUUCUUUAAAUUGGCUUAAGUCUUUAUUUGUGUUUUCAGUUGAAGAAUUGUUAAUGUGCUUAUUUGGUUUCUGUGUUGAAAAAGCAGUAAGUGUAUAGUCGGGGGACUUUGUUUUUAGGGCUGCAACUUAUUCAGUGAUUGAUUUCAUCAGUUCAAUCAUCAAUCAAUCAAUCAAUCAAUCAAUCAAUCAACCAAUCAAUCAAUCAAUCAAUCAAUCAGCUCCAUAGUACAAGACAGGGUUCCAUAAUGCUCAUGACUGUUUAGUUUAGAUAUUUUUGGAAAAAGAAGACCCCUCACCUUUGAGACGGUGGUACCAGAGGACGUUUGACAUUUUCUUGUGUAAUUUAAUGUUCAGAUUUUCUGAUUUGAAAUUAUGUUUUAUAUAAUCUACUUGCAUCAUGUCAAUUAUGAUUGUAUUAACUUGUAUUAUUAAUUG